AUGUCUAGCAGCAAUUACAAAGCUAUCUGCCAGGAAUUGGACACUCUAAGUAGAGCGUAUUUGACAAAGCUGAAUGAAUACUCGCAGCAAUGGAAGGAAACAGGAGGCCAGUUUCAAAAAGGAUUUCUUAAUUUAGCGCAUGCCAAAUAUACCAUGGGAGCACGCACAGUAUCUCAUUUUUCGUAUGACGAGCGUAUGAAGGCCAUAUUGCAAAUUGAAAUUGACGAUCAAAGCAUCAUGCACACCAAGACAAUAGCACCGCCUGUGAAGCCAAAACCAGCAUUAGACGAAAAGAAAGACGGCCUAAGGAAGCGCAAUGUGCAUGAGCCAGAGAAAAAGAAGAACUCAGAGUGGGUGGCAGUGGAAGAGAAGCCUCAAGACGACAAGGAUGAUAUAGAAUUGGACGAAAAAAAGAACAAGAAAAAGAUCAAAAAGAGCGGGGAUCCAUUGCAUUGGUUUGGGUUGUUUGUAUCGCCAUCGUUGCGUACAUCACAAGAGCAUUUCAAGUCGGCGACUGAGCAACUGGUGGCUCAGGUCAACCGAAUCCAUGAAUUGGAGGCUAUGGAGAAGCGAUAUCAUCAGUUGCAAGAAGAGAAACUAGCCAUCAAAUUACAAGAGACAGUAUUACAGCCACAGGAAGAUGUAGCUGCAUAA